UUAUAAUUGUUUUGACUGUAAUUUUAACCUUGAUAGAAGAUGUGCUUCUCUGCCGCUCACCAUCCAAGCUGAAACUCAUGACCAACCAUUGACCCUCAUGCGGAGAUCUGUCUCUUUCACCUGCGAUGCUUGUGGAAAAGAAGGCAAAGGCAUGUUUUACUCAUGUGCUCUCUGCGGAUUCUGGGUCCACCUAGAAUGUGCUUCCAUCCCAUUGACUGUCAAGCAUAUCCGUCACCCCCACCCUCUCAACCUGAUCACCAACUCUCUUGAGGUCCAUCAAUCCGAUCAUAGACUUUGCCAACUAUGUGUUAAAAUUGUAGACAUGGACUACAUGUUUUAUUAUUGCUCAACUUGUGAUUACGUUAACCAUCUUCAAUGUGCUACAAAUGAGCAACUGCUGGAUGAAACCUCUGUGCCGGCCGAAUUUGAAGAUUCCUUCCCUUACGUUGUCUUGAAAUCCAUAGUGGGAGAGGACAAAAUUGAAAAAGCCGUUGAAAUCAAACAUUUUAGUCACGAGCAUGACUUAGAGCUUACUGAUGAGCAACUUGAGAAUAAAGAAAAAUGUAAUGCAUGUGUGUCGCCUAUCUCCCCACCCUUUUAUAGUUGUGCUCAAUGCAGAUUCUUUCUUCACAAAUCUUGUGUUGAAUUACUCAGAACAAAGUCACACCCACUUCAUCGACAUACCCUCAUUCUCCUCCCAGAGCCACCUUAUGAUUUUAGGAAGUUUGAUUGUGAUGCUUGUAACCGCACUUGUAAUGGCUUCACCUACUAUUGUGACAAAUGCAAUUUUGACCUUGAUGUCCAUUGUAGUUUGAUACCUGACAUCAUUAACCAUGACGGUCAUGAGCACCAACUUAUCCUCUCCAGCACAUCAGAUUCUGAUAAGUGCAGCUCUUGUGAUUCUAACGAAGAAGAAUUAAUGUUUCAUUGUGCUGAUUGUGAAUUUACUCUGGAUUUCAAAUGCGCUACAUUACCUCAUACUAUAAGAUACGGACCUUACGAACAGCCAUUCAAACUUUGUUAUAAAGAUGAAGAUAUUUCUAGUGAUGAAUAUUUUUGUGAUAUUUGUGAAGAAGAGCGGGAUCCAAAGCACUGGUUCUACUAUUGUGCAGACCUCAAUUUUCCUGCUCAUCCCGAUUGCAUUCUUGGAAAACAUUCAUAUAUCAAGUCUGGGAGGCAUGAACAUCCCCUCAAGUUGGUUGACAAGAGCAAGGAAGCCAAUCGUCUAUGUGAUGAAUGUGGCAGUCUUUGCUAUGGCUUGACUUAUAAAUGUAUCGAUUGUGAUUUCAAUCUUCACAGGUGGUGCAUUCACAAGACUACAGAACAAACAAGACUGGCGAAGUUUGGGAGGCAUGAACAUCCCCUCAAGUUGUUUGACAAGGGCGAGGACGUCCAUCGUCAAUGUAAUCACUGUGGUGAUCUUUGCUAUGGCUCGAGUUAUGGAUGUAUAAAUUGUGAUUUCAGUCUUCACAGCUGGUGCAUUAACAAGACUACAAAACUAACAAGCCUGGCUGAUUGUAUUUUUCCAUUACUUCCCAAAUCUAGCUGUUAAUAUAUUGUGGACUAUAAUGGGAUUAAACAUGGGAGAUGCAACUAAACCUUUCUGACACGCCAUUUAUCCUGCCGGCCUAUUCGCAUAGGUAUUUUAUUAUGUAGCUUAAUUAAUGUAGCAUAUAUAUAUCCCAUUUAUAAGAAAUGUCAGGAAUUCUUUUUGGGAUUAGCAACCCCUCUCUCUACUUUUUCGUACCGAUCAUUUUUAAGUUUUGAGUUUAGUUAUUUUGUUGUAAGAACUAUAUUUCAUUUGUAUUUCAUCGGUUUCUAUUUUGGUUUUUUGGUCGUUAA